AUGGCUUGCCACGCCCCCUGCCUGCUAGACCACUUUUACGCCCAACUGCGAAGUCAUCCCUUAUUGGUUGCGGUCGAGGAUGCAACACGGUCUGCCAAUCAGGAGAGCUGGAACGGUAUCACAUAUGCGCAACUCAACAUUCUUUCCGAAAUAUGGAGCGAAAGAUUGCGCCUGGCUGGAAUAGGUGCCGGGAGCAUAGUGCCUCUUCUCUCCACACGGUCUAUUGCAAUGGUUGCUGCGACUUUGGCCAUUCUCAAGCUUCGCGCUGCCUACGUUCCAAUUGACUUGGACUCGUGGGGCAAGGAUCGAAUAGAAAGCGUCCUUCAAACCGUUGACUCGCAAGUCAUUGUUUCCACAUCGGCGUCUCCAAGCAUCGUCCAUCCGUGUUCUGUCGUCGAAUUGGACAGUACUGGACUUGGGGAUUUACAGGGGACCGGGAAUGCAGCAGUGAUUAAUGGGAUCUCGGAUGCAAUCGAUAAGAACGAUGAUUUGGCGUACAUUAUCUUCACAAGCGGAACAACAGGGAAGCCAAAGGGUGUAAUGGUCGGCCAAAGGUCAAUUUCGCGCUAUGUGAAAGAAGGCGGCGAACUUCCGUUUAAUCUGAACGUGAAGCACGGCACACGGGUAUUGUUAAUAUGCUCGAUUGCGUUUGACGUGUGUGCCGGAGUCAUGUUCAACACCCUCUGCAACGGCGGCACCCUCGUUUUGGCCGAUCCUCCUACGCUUGAAGCUGCAGCGAAAACGUGCCAUGUGUUGCCUUUGACUCCGAGUAUACUGGCAACACUAGACCCGAAAGAUGGCCCAAGCCCAUCAUUGAUCGAGGCAUGGUCUUCGCCGCAACGACGUCUCUACAAUUCAUAUGGGCCGACGGAGACAACUUGCACCGCGCUUAUGGGCAGAUUACAACCUGGAAGGCCCAUUACAAUGGGGUUUCCGAUCUCGUAUAGCACCAUAAUUCUGCUCAACGAGAAUGGGCAUGAGUCUUCCGAGGGAGAGAUUUGCAUCGCUGGGCUGGGCUUAGCUCUGGGCUAUUUUCAAGAUCCGGAUCGCACCUCCAAUUCCUUCAUAGUCCGGAAUGGUACAAGGAUCUAUAGGACCGGUGACUAUGGGAAGAGCACUGAGCAUGGAUUGCAAUUUUGUGGUCGAAAGGACAGCAUGGGUGACGUUGAGCCCGCCUUGAUGUCAUUCGACAAAGGGAGAUUGAUCGCAUUUUACCUCGAGAGUACAACAUCAUCAUUCCUCAUUCCGGACGUGAUUUACUCCCUGGAUGACUUCCCAACAACGAGUAACGGAAAGAUCGAUCGGCGAAUCUUGGCCCAUAUCCAUGAGGCAGAGCAGGGUGCAAAUUCGAGCGAGCUGGAAACAGGCUUACCAGCACUAGAAGCCAUCCGAAGAGGCUUCUCACAUGUUCUCAGACUACCGCAGUCGCAAAUCCAGGAUGCUGUCAUGCUAGUAUCUGCACUGAGAAAAAUGGGAUUUGAUAUUGGUGUCGCAGAGAUACUUAUGCUAGACGAAGUGGACAAGUUAGCCAAAAGCGUUCGGGUGUUGCUGGACACUAUUCAGCAUGACUCUCCUGCGAACCAGGUCUCGCUAGACCAUCUGAAACAAGAGAUAGCAGCGACCCGGCACCUCGGAAACGAAACUAUAGUGCCGAUGACUGACAUGCAAACUAGAAUGGUCAGCGCUAGCACGUCUUUUACUUUCGAACAUUCCGGGCAAGCGGACUUUUUGCCCAUUCUUUAUGCUGCUUGGGACCGUCUUCGCCAGCGACAUGAGAUUUUACGUACAUCAUUCAUUCUGAAUGCCUCAUCUGGUGCCCAAAUUAUAUCUCACAAUGGCGGAUUUGCCUGGAAACAAAAGUCAAUUACCGAAUCGGAGUGGGAAUCUACCUGCCAAUCCGAAGAACUUCUGGAUGUCAACGCAUUUGCAGAUUUCGACGCAGAGAAUCAAGAAUCAUUGUCCAAAGUCACUGUUCUCACACUGCACAAUACCCGGACCCGGUUCAUAUGGACAGUCCACCACAGCCUGGUUGACGGAUGGUCCAUGGGAACACUAAUGCGUGACUUCGCCGCUUGUCUUGACGAUCGAGAACUGCCGCCAGCGCCACAAUUCGCUCAGGUUUCUCAGUCAAUAGGUCAAUUGGAACUCGAGUCAUCAGAUAGAGCCAUCACAUUCUGGAAAGAAUAUCUGACCGGAUUUCUUCCCGUUCGAAGGCUUCGCUUAUCUCCACCAUCCGACAUCAACGACUAUACGCAAGCCGAUGUUUCCCGCACACUCGCCGUAAGCGUAUCAUCUCUCGAAGCCGCAGCAAAAGACAAAUUCGCAGUCACCCCAGCCACAAUCCUAUACGCUGCAUGGGGCCUUCUCUUGUCCCGAUACUGUAGCGCUGAAAACGUCAUCCUAGGAGCGGUGCUAUCAGGCCGAAGCCUCCCGAUCCCAGGCGUUGAGAACGUCAUCGGGCCUAUGAUCAACACUCUGCCUCUAAGCGUGAACGCAGACGAGACCCAGACCGUGCAAAGCUUUAUACACUUGGUGUUCAAAGCUCUAUGCGGAAUCCUGGACUUCCAGUGGUCGCCCCUUUCCCUCAUCCAGGAGGCUUCUGGAUGCAAGCCGUCGGAGCUUUUUGAGACCCUUUUCGCUCUCCAGUAUGAUUUCCCGCAAUCGCCCUGGGAAUCAGAAUUGGUGUCUGCUCCGCAGGAUAUACGCUACACCGAAGCCACGCAAGUCCCUUUGACGGUUCUACUAGACAGCUGUAAAGGGAAGUUUGUUGUUCGGUGUAUUUAUCGCAAAUCGCACUUCGAGGAUCAAAUUAUCCAACAUAUGAUGCGUCAAUUCGACAAUAUUCUUACGGCCCUCGUUGAAGCUACUCCAAGCUCUGGUUUAGACCUGAUAUCCUCGAACCUGCUCAAUGACAAUGCAAUCGAGAACUUCACGUCUCAUUCACCACAGCUGAUCAAAACCUUUGACGGGACCGAGAACCUAGCUCAGGCAAUCGACACCAUGGUUAAAACACACCCCGACAUUUGCGCCGUCGAGGGCUUAACGAGAUCGCUCACGUAUGAAGAGCUUGGUAGAAUGACCGAUCAGAUCGCCAUUCAAUUAUCGAAACACACAACGCCAGGGGACGUGAUCUGUGUCAUCAGUGACGGCUCCGUCGCGUGGGUUCUCGCGAUGAUCGCAACCCUCAAAGCCGGUGCCAUUUACUGUCCAAUUGAUCAGAAGCUUCCCGUUGAGAGGAAGAAAUACAUGAUUGGAAACUGUCAAGCGUCGCUUGUUUUGUACACCAAUCCGGAGCAAGAUAUAGUGGCUUGUGAUGUCCUGUCUUUCAGUGUUGAGUCGAUCAUGGCAGAAAUCGAUACCAAGGCCGAAGACAUUGCCCCUGUCCAUAGCGGUGCUAGUGGUGAUGAUAUUGCUUGUUUAAUCUACACCUCCGGAAGCACGGGCCUGCCAAAAGCGGUCCAACUACAGCACAAAGGCAUUCUCAACGUAGUCUCCCAGCCAGAGGGAAGACUACACUCUCGUCCAGGUCAACGCAACGCGCAGAUGCUAUCCCUCGGAUUUGACUGCUGCAUCAAAGAGGUCUUUUCAACCCUCUGUUUCGGAGCAACUCUUGUCCUGAAAGAUCCCGAGAACCCCAUUUCUCACCUUCUAAAAGUCGACGCGACAAUGGCAACCCCGUCUCUUCUUGUAACGCUCGAUCCAUCUGAGUAUCCUAAGUUGAAAAUAAUCACUGUCGCCGGUGAAGCGGUCUCUCAGGCGCUCAAUGACAAAUGGUCCAUGGGCCGAAUCAUGGUCAAUGGGUACGGUCCUGCAGAAUGUACUUUGAUCUCUACUGUCGCAGUAUUGCACCCAGGAGAGAGAAUUUCGAUUGGAAAACCGCUUCCCGGCACAGAUUGCUAUCUUCUCGACGCUAGGAAAAGACAGGUUCCCGUUGGUGUCAGUGGAGAGAUCCAUCUCUCUGGAAUACAGGUCACGCCUGGAUAUCUGCACAACGAGCAAGAAACAGCUAAGCGUUUCCUGAAGGACCCAUUCCAACUGGGCCAAAUCAUGUUCCGAACCGGCGAUAUUGGCAGACAGCUGGAAAACGGCAACAUCGAGUACAUAGGGAGAGAAGAUAAUCAGAUCAAGCUGCGCGGGUUCCGAAUCGAUCUCGGGGAAGUCCAAAGCACAAUCUCAAAAGUGGCGUCUGCGGCGAGAAACGUCGCGCUCGUCGUCGCCGGACACCUCAUUGCGUUCGUGACCCCAGAGACCAUCAACGUGGCAGAGUUGACGAAGAGCCUGGAAUCGCAACUCCCGGAGUAUGCUGUUCCAAACAGGAUCAUCGCACUAGCGAGUCUGCCUAUUUCCGCAAACCACAAAGUUGACUCUACCGCGUUGAAACAAUACUUGAUCGAACAAGACAAUCACAACAAGAGACAUGAGAAGCUGGAGACCGACACCCAGCGAGCCGUUGCUACUAUCUGGGCAGAUGUUCUCGGUCGCGAUCUCAGUCAAAUGCCCAUCAGUCCAAGGGACCGGUUCUUCGAGCUCGGCGGGCACUCGCUGCUGCAGAUAAAAGUGGCCCAGGCUAUAUCCAAACAAUGGAACAUCCGCCCUUUGCCACUCAAGACCGUGAUCCGUCACCACGUCUUGCAGGAUUUAUCUCUUGCCAUUGAGGAGCUCCUCAAUGACUCAACCGGCACAAGCCACCCCGUGGUCCCCUUCCUAGAGACUCCACCUGUCCCACGCGAUGGCACUCUCCCGUUAUCAUAUCUAGAGAAGGAGAUGCUGCUCAACCACUUGAUAUCAGCCGGUUCCCCGGCCGGAAACAUGAACUAUGUCUGCAAAAUCCGAGGCGAAAUCAAUAUCGAGAACCUAGCUAGCGCCUUUCAGCGAGUAACAGCGGAAACGGAGGUAUUCCGAUCCCGGUAUCAUCUCGUCGACGGCAUCCUUUCUCGAUCUUUGGUGACAGGUACCCCCGAAGUACCGCGUGUAGUUCAGACCGGUAACCUCAGCUCUUUCGUUCACGGUCGAGUCACCAAGCCAUUUGACCUCGCCCUUGAACCACCUGUGGAUGUCUCCAUUGUCAUUGGAAUCCCGGGGCAGACCAUGCUUGUAGUCGUGAUGUCGCACGUGGUAGGCGAUGCAACCACAAUGGCAACAUACCUCAAUCAUGUCUCAGAAACGUACGAGGUCUUGACUUCAAGCGUUCAAGCCGGAGCCGGGACCAUUCUUCCAAUGAAGCGAACCCCCGAAAGAACCUACAUUGAUUGGGCACACUGGUCUGACACUAUACAGCCCAGCCCACGGGCUCUGUCAUUCUGGUCUUCGUAUCUGUCUGACCUUCCCAGACCGCUCACGUUUGGUAACCCCGAGCUAGCCCCAGCCACAUACAUGGGAUUCACGCGGUCGUGGACGCUUUCUCCCUCUAUGCUUCGCAAUUUGUCCCAGCUCGCCACUAGAGCGUCUGUAACCAUGCAUCAAAUUGUGCUAGCAGGUGUGUUUUUCUGCUUACAGUGCGUCGACCGACAGGAUGACAUGCUCCUCGCGGCGCCAUUUACCCAUCGUACAGAAAGUGGGACAGAAAGCAUACCCGGUCUCUUCCUUGAUCGCCUGGUGAUUCGUCUACAGAGAAGCGCCGACGAGCAUGAAACGCUUUUCCAAUUUUUGAAAUACGUCCGAGGCAGCAGCCAGCAAGCUCUGGAGAACAUUGUUCCAUUCCAAUCACUGGGCCGAUUGGUUCAACGGGCACCAAGCCUCUCGGAUCCGCUUUUCAGGGUCAUGGUUACGUAUCACACCGCAGAUGACCGGCGACCUCUAUUGGAACUGAAGGGCGCAGAGGUUCAACCCAUUUCGUAUCGGAAUACGGGUGGCUCGAAGUUUCCGCUGACGGUUGAGUUCACGGAGACGGCGCAACAUGACCUCCAGGUGGACAUGGAGUAUGACAUGGGCUGUAUCGACGAAGAGGUUGCACAGCGACUGGAGUUUGCUCUGACAUUUGUGCUGCAGCUAAUGAUUCUGGAAACCACGCCUGGUGAGAUUAUAAAUUUGGGAGCAACAUCGUUCAAGCCCCCGGCGAAUGGCGGGGCACGAUGCAUGAAUACGACCAGCCCAGAAGCCAAGUCCUCGGGUGACAGGAGGUUGCAGGGGCAGGGAAUAUUGGAAAAUGGGGUCGGUGUCACGGUGGGAACGGAUGCAGUUGGGAUUGUCUCGGAGGCUAUUGGUGCUUGUCUUGAUCUGGACAAACCAGAGGUCGAUGGCCAAAAGUCAUUUUGGGAACUCGGCGCACAAAGCAUGGACGCCACCAGAUUGCAGAAACUUUGCGAAGAGCGUGGCAUUCAGGUGAGCCUCCGGGAUGUGUUUGUGGCUGGCAAUAUCGGAGAGUUAGCGGCUCGUAGUGUGAUGGUCAGAUCGGUGUAG